AAGGUUCUCAAUCUACUGUCAUGGCUACAUUCAAAUCUCCUGUUAAACCCCCUUAUCCUAUGUCUCUUUCUUUUUUAUUUCCUUUUCUUUUAAAUUACAUUUUAACAGGUUUGUAUUUGUAUCUAUAUCGUAUGUAAAGCACUUUGAGCUGCAUUUCUUGUUUGGAAGGUGCUAAACAAAUAACAGGUGACAAAGUGUCAAAGUUCACACCGUUGCACUCACACGUUACUUUACUUUGAUGCAGUGCAUAUCUUCUCAUGAACACAUUUUUAAAUCUUGUUAUGGCAUUUUAAAUGUAGGAAACAGGUGUAGGACAGAAACACGAGGGAUUGAAUGAGUGCAGCAAAAAUGAAAUGUAGAGAUAUGUAAAUGGUAUUAUUGUAUUUUCACUUUAAUGUUAAAGAGAGAGAAAUGAUCAAUUCCUCUGAGUAACAAUCUUAUUGCAUACAAAAUUAUAAAAAUAUUCAGGAGCCACAUCUUAAAGAUACAAUACAUCCUCAUGAAAGCCCAGUUUCUCUUACUUUAAACGUCUCACUUUCUCCAAAAUAGUCUGCGUAUGUGGACAAGACCAAGCACAUGUGGGCAUGGUCCACUUUUACUCACAAACACUUGGCUGCCAGUGAAUUUGUAUCUCGAUUUAUGGCUCAUAAAAUACGUAACCAACAUCUCCCAACAGGAUACAAUCUCAGGGUGUCGUAUAGCUCACCUGGUAGAGCCGGCAGCUCCAUAUAUGCAGCAGCCCGGGGUUGACUCCAGCCUGCAGUGCUUUGCUGCAUGCCUCUCCCCUUUCUCUAUCUCCCCCUUCUACUUUUAAUUAACUGGAAAAGUGAACAUACAUAUGUAUAAUAAGAAAUACUUUAAAUUAUGAAACCACCAAUGGGAGAAAAAAAUAUUUGAUGUGUACGUUGUCAUUUUAGCUUGGCCAAUGCCCCAUUAAAAUGGAGGAGGUGGAACUUAUGCUGUGUUCCAGACAACUCGGAUGUCAGAUAUUCCGACUUGAAAUUUCCAAGUUCAGACUUCCAAGCAUUCGAAUGCACGGUGAUGGCACAAUGUCAAAUGUAAACAAACAUGGCUGACCGUGAAAAGCUGAUGUUUAUUUGGCACAUGGUGAGACAAUAAAGACUGUGACCGGUGCAGCAUCCGUUCAUACAUAAACAAAGCAGGGGAGGGAAAACGACACGUGAGGCAACAGACACCAUUAUACAUUUAUUUUACGGCACUUUUAUACUUGGAAACACAUUCCAAUACAUGAGAAGGAGACAACUCGAGCCCACGUACUGUCACUCAAUCUCACAUACAAGGAAACAAGAGUCCAACAGAGGGUGGACAGGCCUCAGCGCUGCAGUAUCUAUGUCUACAUGAGUGCCGCCAUUGUUGAGUGACAUGAGACAACUGCUUGUCCAUGUGGUUGAGGCAGAUGGAUUUGACCAGAGUUAAGUGGCGUUCCAUUACACAAGUUGGAGGUUGGAAAAUCCCGAUAUGCGAGUCGUCUGGAACGCAGCACUAUGACCUACACUGUAACCAGCCUCCAGUUGGCUUCACUUUUGGGAGCAGCCAUGUCGUCCAUCUUAAUAUGCAGUCUGUGGUGUGGAGGUGGCCUUUAAAAACACCAGGUGCCGCCUCUUCCCGACAGUCCAUGAAGGCAUCGGGACGGACCACGUUUGACGCAGAGUGGGUGUGGUUACGGCAGCGUCACAGGAUCAUGUUGCUAGGCUGUUAGCUGCAGCUUUGAGCCUCCAACUCCCCACUGCGGGGUUUCCCUCUUCAAAUCUCAUGUGCGUACAAACGCGCUGGUUUCUUCAGGUCGACGGAGGUUCGCACGUGUUGGUUUCUUAUUUGAAACAUUCGAACUCUGCUCGGUUUGGUGCAAACUCAGCGUCGGAGGGGAAGUCGAGGAGCCGCAUCUGGGAGCAGAGUCGUCGCUCGCUAGCAUCCUCGUAGCCAGAGGUGUCAACAGGUCGCCGCCGCUGCAGCAGCUCUGUCCCCGCGGAGGUUUUCAUCUUCUGCGGGAUUCUGUGCAUGCAAGUGGGGGGCGUUAAAUGCACGUGUGACGUUAAUAAAGUCCAGGAUGAAGAAAGUCUAAUCCCGGGAUUACCUGAGAGGAUGGGACUGCACGGAUCUGCAGCAGGAGACAGGCGAGUCUGACACUUUCUCUGCAAAGGAAAAUGCUGACAAGUCAUAAAAAGUGACCAUGACCCGGACGGACUCAAAAUGGUGAACGUUUUCCCGUUUACUCCCCCUUUCUCAUGAGACCAGCAGGAAGAUAUGGGCGUCCUCAGACUGGUGCUCAGAAUCAUGGGUAGGAUCAGUACGUUCAGGUCCUAUCAGUUCGUGCUGCUCCUGGCCGCUGCUCUCGCCGUCGUAGCUUUUUACUACUUUGGCUCUGAGAGGCAGAACUUCUCCAGCACCACGAAGAGGAUCAAGCAGAGCCAGGCCAGCCACAACACCAACCGAAACGACGCAGACCUGACCGUGGACACCAGGCUCUCGCAUACGGGGGGGUCUGAGGAGCAAGGAGAUGCAGGAGGAGAGAGUGAGGAUUUCAGGUCAAAGACGGGGCCCAGUGAGGCUGCUGACCAACGCUACCACGCACUCAUGAUGUUCACCAAGGUGGACAAGAGCCGGAGCCUGCAGGACAAGUUCCGGGUGGCCAUGUUGUCUAUGGUGGAGCAUGGAGACUUUCUGGAGGGAGAGGUGUUGGUGCUUCAUUUCGUGAGCGACCAGGCCAGCAAAGACCUGGGAGAGAGGAUGCUGCAAGAGUUUCUCCUGGACGCAACGUUUAAGUACGAGGUGUUGUUUCAUGACGUGGUGGCUCUCACACAGAAGCUCUUCCCUAUCGUGGAGGCCAUGCAGAAGCACUUCAGUGCCGGCUCCGGAGCUUACUACAGCGAUGCCAUCUUCUUCCUGUCCGUGGCCAUGCAUCAUAUCAUGCCUGACAGUCAGACGCGCAUAGUGCAGCUGGACCUGGAUCUGAAGUACCGGACCAACAUCAGAGACCUCUUCCAAGAAUUUGACCGGUUUCCUCCGGGAGCCGUGAUAGGCAUUACCAGAGAGAUGCAGCCAGUCUACAGACACACCUUCUGGCAGUACCGGAAGGAGAACCCUCAGACCAGAGUUGGCGAACCUCCUCCUGAAGGCCUCCCGGGCUUCAACAGCGGCGUGAUGUUGUUGGACCUGGGAGCGAUGAGGGCCUCGGCUCUCUACAACCAGCUGUUGAAGCCCAGUAAUGUGGCCAAACUGGCCGACCAGUAUCGCUUCAGGGGCCACCUCGGUGACCAGGACUUCUUCACCAUGAUUGGCAUGGAGCACCCUGAACUGUUUUAUUCGCUGACCUGCGGCUGGAACAGACAGCUGUGCACCUGGUGGAGGGACCACGGAUACGGAGACGUGUUUCAGAUGUAUUAUCGCUGUGAAGGACCUGUUUACAUCUACCAUGGUAACUGUAACUCCCCCAUCCCAGAUGACUGAUCUAUGUGCUGCGCUGCUGCUGGAAGAGAAAUCUUUUUCCUGCUUGUUGGGAGUAAAGAUCCUGACUUUUUCCUGAUCGUGCGCCUCUAGCCACAGACUCUGCCUCCUGCUGGUCAAGGGGCUGGUGAAGAGACCCCCACACUUACUACAAGUAUGGCAUUCAUCUGUGUCAAUUUAGAGAAAACAGCUUGGAGUUACAGCAAUGACGAGGGCUGCACUAAUCAUGUCCUGUGGUACAAAGAUGAAGAAAUAUGUGAAUUUCUGUUUCAGUAGCAGAUCCACUGAUAUGAAGACGUAUCAGUUUCUCAAAGACUAAAGAAUAGCUGACAACAUAAUCAGGAUGGAUUUUUCUGCCGUUGAAAACUUAGUAUAGUGGCUAUCGUUUCGAAAAUAACAAGUAAUCUACCAGGAAAGUGCUCUGGAUUAUCUGUGAUGGGCCAAAGAUGCACUUUGCAGGGUGAUUCCACGUUUUUGUCAGACCGCGCUGCAUUGGCACUGUGUCAGUGUUGCCCUCGUUCAAAUGAUGGUGGAGUCGUUGUCAAAUUUCCUUUUGUUUUAAUUGCUUUCAUUAAAUUGGUGUUUCGGUUGAGGAGAGUCUAAAAGACGACUCCUUUACACAAAGUAGUGGAAGAUGACACAUUUUUGAGUUGAUAAUUCACAUUAAUUGAUGUUGCCAUUGGGGCUGCACAGAUUAAAUCAACAAAAUAAUUAGUCACCCACUAUUUUGUAGUUUUUAUCACUUUAUUUUAAUCGUUAUCAAAUGAUGGUUUGCUGUAGCUUCUCAAUUGUGAGAAUUGAAUACUUAAUAAAACAAGAAAUGUGACAAAGUUUUAUCACCGUUUUCUGACAUAUUAUAGACAAAUAAAUAAGACAAAUGGACAAAAUAAGUCACCAAUAAAUCAAGAAGAUAAUCAGAGGAUUAAUGGAUGAUGAAAUCAUUUCUAGUUGUUGCCCUAAUUGCCAACAAAUGUUGAAAUAUCAGUACAAAGUAUAGUCAGCAAAUGUGUUAAUCGCCACCUAAAAACAAGAGACCUCUUUUUUCCAUUUCCCUUCCAUGAGUGGGACGAGUUCAGCCUGUGUCACUUUAUCUUCCUGCAACACCAGGUGACGGCUCAUCUGGUGCCAUUUGCUUUCCGCCCCUGUGGCUCGUGGAAGAAGAGGGAGGGGUAUGUUUAACAGCAGUCGACUCCACAUUUUUGGAGCCAUGUGGGCGCAGGGCACAAACACUCUGCCGCGGCUCUUUCAAGCACGUCUUCCUGCAGCUUGGAAGAUAGGAAGAGGAAAAAAAAUAAAUCACAUCAGAGGGUGGAGGGGGGGGGUCAAGUAGAUAAUGGCUAACAAUAAUGUGACUGAUGGCUGUUGUUAGCGCUCUGCAUUUACGGUUCAGCCAAGGACAAACCCACUUUAGCAGAGCAUACGUUUCAGAGGGAGGGAGUUUUCUUGUUGUACUCAACAGAAUAAACGCCCAGAUUCUGAGGCAUGUAUACACUCAACAUUCAGUCUGGAGAAUGUCUGAGGUGGUGCACAAUUAAGCGCGCACACACACACACACACAGAGUGACAUUGAAGCUGCUGAAUAUCCUGUGGAGUCAAAGUGAGGCUACUGGUGACACUUGAGAAUAAACAUCGCUCCAAAUCAAUAAGCUUCCCUUCAAUUCACUCUGAAGCUGAUCAGUAUUGUUUCUGCCUCGUUCAGAACGAUUCUCUUUAGCUUGAAAACAAAUUGUUAGUGUGAAUGCUGAAAAACAAUUUUUAUCCUCCAUUCGUGACUGCACUUUACAACUUCUAAACACACGCUUUAUUAUGAAGAGUUCAGUACCGUAGGUUGCAUUUAUAUUGCCAGAUUUAUUGUGAAGUGGUUUUUUUUGGUUUUACAGAUGGUGUUUUUGUACAUUUUAGCCCAUGACUGUUACUCUAAAGUUUACACUGUAUCCUUUUUGAUUGAUACCCUACUCAAUAACUUUCAAUUUCUUUCACAACGAAAACUGCAGAAUAGUAUUUGCUUGAGAAAAGUGUAGCAUAUACAGUAAUGAUGCUGCAUUGCAGUAAGGAAAGUAAGGAAAACCAGUUCUUCAUAGUUGUGCACUCAUGGACAAAUAUACAUUCAUUGUAUGUAAAGUCAUGUGCUAUGACAUAUUAGUUUGGUCCAUGUUCCAUCCACUAACAUGAAGAAGCAGGAUUUAUGCAGUAUACUGCAGUCAGCCACCAGGGGGAGAUCAGGAGUAUUUGGCUUCACUUUGUGGGGAGCUGUGAUGUCGUCCAUCUUUAGCUACAGUCUGUGGUUUGUAGUAUGUGAAAUAUUGCUGUCUUGUAGCUAAUGGGCUAAAAUGUGCAAAAACCACUAAUGUCAUCAUUUAAUAGUUAAUUAUCCAUCUACUUCAAGCUUUAUGUGUUUUUCCUUCUUGCUUUUAUGUGCACACACACUCUCUCUCCUGUGUAUAACAUGGGGCAGUGACAAUAGGUAGAGAUUUAAGAUGGAGGGUGACAUGAAUGAACAGGUGCAACUUAAUAAAUGUAAUAAAGGUAGUAUCCUUGUUUUAACCCAUCAGUCACAUGUUUUCACAGUUGUGUCAAAGGGGAAAACGAUUGUUAUGUGCAAUGAUAUUUUUAAAGGGCUCAUAAAUAUUUGUGUAAUAAACGUGUUUGUCUCGUCUCUCACUCAGAAUCCACUCGGUUUAGAAAGAUGCUGUGUUCAGUGUUAAAAACUCAAAGUAGUUUAAUAUGAUCUUUUUAUAUACGAGCUCCCUGAUUUUAUUUCCUCUGUGUCCCAAAUCAGUUACAUGAUGAUUUUCAUGUUUUCUAAAAAAAAUUAAAGACAAACAAAAGCUA